CGCGGCGCUGGCGAGGGAGGCUGGGAGGAGGCGGCCGCUCUGCGCUCGGCGUCCCCGGGACUUUGCCAUGGGCUGGGGGCAGCAGCAGCAGCAGCAGCAGCGGCAGUGCCAGGACCGCGGCGGCAGCAGCAGCCACAGCCACAUCUGGACCCGAAUCUAAGGAGGGGCUUCGCUGGGGGAAUCGAGCGGGGGAUGAUGGCAGCGUCCAGCAACUCCAGUUUGUCAGGCUCCUCGGUCUCCUCGGAUGCUGAAGAAUACCAGCCUCCCAUAUGGAAAUCAUAUUUGUAUCAGUUACAGCAGGAAGCGCCGAGACCCAAGAGGAUCAUCUGUCCUCGGGAGGUGGAGAACAGACCAAAAUAUUAUGGAAGAGAGUUCCACGGGAUCAUCUCUCGCGAGCAAGCCGACGAGCUUCUCGGGGGCACAGAAGGAGCUUAUAUUCUCAGAGAAAGUCAGCGCCAGCCGGGCUGCUACACGCUGGCACUAAGGUUUGGAAACCAGACACUCAACUACCGGCUUUUCUAUGAUGGGAAACACUUUGUGGGAGAAAAGAGGUUUGAAUCCAUCCACGACUUGGUGACAGAUGGCUUGAUCACACUGUACAUAGAAACAAAAGCCUCUGAAUACAUUUCCAAAAUGACAACAAACCCCAUCUACGAACACAUCGGCUAUGCUACUUUGCUGAGAGAGAAGGUGUCCAGGAGACUGAGCAGGUCUAAAAACGAAUCGAGAAAAACGAGCGUAACCAGCGAAGAGCAUCCCGCCGUCGAAAAGAAGGAACACGGGCCGCGAAGACUUGCCUUGCCCAGGAUCCCACAGCUAAUUAUUUCCAGCCUGGUCCGGAGAGCCGCCUUAACGCAGAACGACAACCACUGCAACUACGAGAAGACGCACAACUUCAAGGUCCACACGUUCCGAGGGCCACACUGGUGUGAAUACUGCGCCAACUUCAUGUGGGGACUCAUCGCGCAGGGCGUCAGGUGCUCAGACUGCGGCCUGAAUGUCCACAAGCAGUGCUCCAAGCACGUUCCCAACGACUGCCAGCCGGACCUCAAGCGCAUCAAGAAAGUCUACUGCUGUGACCUCACCACCCUGGUGAAGGCCCACAACACCCAGAGGCCCAUGGUGGUGGACAUGUGCAUCCGGGAGAUCGAGGGCAGAGGCUUAAAGUCCGAAGGCCUUUACAGAGUGUCGGGGUUCACUGAACACAUCGAAGACGUCAAGAUGGCUUUCGACAGAGACGGUGAGAAGGCGGAUAUAUCUGCCCACAUAUAUCCCGACAUCAACAUCAUCACGGGGGCAUUGAAGCUGUACUUCCGAGACUUACCGAUUCCCGUCAUCACAUAUGAUACCUACGCCAAGUUUAUAGACGCAGCCAAAAUCUCCAAUCCAGAUGAGAGGUUAGAGGCCGUCCAUGAGGUCUUACUGCUGCUGCCCCCUGCGCAUUACGAGACGCUCAGAUACCUGAUGAUUCACCUCAAGAAAGUCACGCUGAACGAGAAGGAGAACUUCAUGAACGCCGAGAACCUGGGGAUCGUGUUCGGCCCCACCUUGAUGAGGCCCCCCGAGGAGAGCACCCUCGCCACCCUCAAUGACAUGCGGUACCAGAAGCUCAUCGUACAGAUUUUAAUCGAGAACGAAGACGUCCUGUUCUGAGCCGAGGGGGAAGCGGGCCCAUGGCCUCGGCCGGCCCAGCCCAUAAGGCCGCGGGAAUGAAAACACUUCUUGUUUUGCCCGGCUUUAUUUUUUAAACAAAGAAAAGGAGCUCCUGGCCCCCGGGGGGAUGCUCUCGUCUCAUGGACGCACCCCUCUCUGAGGAAGGUGAGGGGCAGGUGAGAAAACCCUCUGCCGCGGGCCUCCAGCCCGACCACUUGUGUGUGUGUGUUCUGAGGAAGAGCACUGGAUCCUGUUUAACUUAUGAAGAGAACGCAGACCUUUUCAGCAGCGGUGUCGUCGGGCACGCAAGUGGCCCCUCCCUCGGGGGCAGCUUCCUCAGACAUUUCCCACCUGCUAAAAAGACAAAUCUUUAAGUCAAAUGUUGGACAGAACCUAUAUUAUAAAAUUUAUUUUUUACGUUAAUGAACGGUAAGAAUGGUAUUUUAUUUUAGCAAAAGAGAACUUGAUGCAGUGCAUUUAUUAUCACCCCUCACUAGACCCCCUUCUCCCCCCGGGGCUCCGGGACCAUAGGGACCCCUCCCGCAGUAUUAUCUCGGCGUACCUCCAGUCUAACUUCCCAAGGCAAGGCCACACGUCGCCCCGGCUUUCUGGAGCUUCCCUGUCUCCUUGUAGAGCGCCAGCAUGGCGGCUUCACGCUCCCCGCUUCAAACCGCUUGAGUUUCCAAAGGCUCAGUUUGGAGAAUGGCCUCCCGUCCCCCGUUGGGUCUUCCAGUGCGGGUCGCUUGGAAGGAAAGGGGGUGGGGGUCAGAGGGAACCUUUGGCUGCUGCUUCUGGGGGGGCUUUGAAAAUUAACUUGUUCAAGGCAAAGGUAGCUCCUCGUCGUACUGGUGAAGGUUGAGCUGCGGGAGAAAAGUGGAGGUUCUGUCGGAAGUGGUUCCCAUUCCAACCCAACGACAUUUAUUUAUUGAUAAAGAGCCCAUGAUCCACGAGGCACCGGCUGAGCCUGGGGAGAGAUCAAACAAAAGCCUGGCCUUUAUUACGGAUUGUUCUUACUUGGGGGGAGUUUAGUUCUCCCGAGUCCGUUAUUCCUCCCAGAAGCCCCUCUCUAAUUGGUUAUUUAAGCCCCUCCUGGUUCUGUUUUCUUUGUUGUUCAUUUGUGUUUUUUUAAUAUGCUUCUUUGCACCUAAAUUCCCACCCAGACAAAAUCUUACAAAUAUACUCAAACCACUGCCAGAUCGUUACCGAUUUAAUUGUGAUUUUUUAAAAUCUUUCCUCUAAUUGUCUGAAUCGUGUGAUUUAGCCAUUCACUGUUCUCUGAGUGAUCUCAUAAAGUGAAAUUGAUUAUCGAUAUUUCAUUGUGUGCAAAGUGAAGCAGACAGAGGAGGAGGGAAAGGACGAAGAGUGCAUUCUGGGUCCUCCGAGAGAGGGAGGAGUCACAAGGGCUACGGGCCUCGGCAGCCCGAUUGCACAGUAUGUGUGUGGGGAGGAUCCUGGGGCCGCCCUUCCACUCCCGGGUCCCCCAGGGCCGUCCCGCUUCGUUGUAGCGUGUGUAAUUCUUGAUACUGUCAUAAAAAAUUAUCUGGAAAUGGUUUUAUUUUGUGAAGUGAACCUUCUUUGUAAUUUAUGAGAGUGUAAAUGGAAGAAAGAAACAUUAAAUGUAUGGAGAGCU